GAACCCUUGUUGAAAACAAGCCGAUCAGCUGAUCUGACCUGGUAACGUCCACUACAUUCUCCUGGGGAGGAGGGGAAUUAUUCUAAACAAGCUGGUUGAAAAUUAUGACUCUCUCACAACCGGCACAGUAUCUAAAAUUAAUGUUCUUACAAGAAGAGUUUGUACAAAGACACGGCUAUGCAGUUGGACGAUGAAGAUGUAUAUCGCUAUGCGGCUAGCUGCUAGCAAGUUGCCUGGUUUUAAAUUCAGUUCUUUUGCUAGCUAGGUCGCAGCAGCCUCUAGAGAGCGAAUAUUGUUGUGUUGAUGUCGGGAAACUUAUUGGGUGUAGGAUGAUAUCGAUGUUAUGAUGCGUGUGUAUAUUUAACUAUUCUGCGUUAUUGAGUUGACGCGUUUUUGCGGUGUUUUACAUGUUGUCCGUAACCUUGUUUAUUUCACCCUUAUGUUAGCAAGCUGAAGGCUAAACCAGCUAGCAGUCCAAACAAUAGUGUUGUACACAAACACUGCUAGUGAGUUAGCAAAGUAGGGGAAUUGUGAUUCUUAAUAGGCGGUUAUCAUUAUACCUCUACAAAAAGGUUUGUAAGCUCCGCGGGCUGCUCGUGUGAAGUACAUGUUUGGACAUGUUCACCAUACGAUUGUUGUAAUGGUCAAACUGUAAACGGAGUGUAACGCAAGGCAAGUUUCUCAUCAAAUCUAUUUAUAGUUCAUAUUGAAUAUUUCAUUGUACGAUUAUCUGUAAAGCCUUAAAUGAAAAUAUAUAACGUUGGCUCUGUGAUUUUCGCCUAUCGCAAUCCAAUUUUAUUUUAUGCCGUGCAUAGACAGACAUGCUGAGUUAGGAGCCUAUUUGUAAUGUCACUACUUAGUUCGCUGUCUAUACUCGGUCUUGGAUUACAUACAAUAGAUGUGCCAUAUUGUAGGCUUAGUUUGUGUCUUCUCUAAUAGGUAAUCUUGCUAAGGCACAUUUUUGUUGAAAAUCCAUUUGUUUAUGUACCAUUGUCUUAAUAUCACAAUGCAGUUGAAAACCGCAUAGGUUAUUCCGGAUUUCUUCAGAUGUGUUAGAGAUCAUAGCGUUAUUGGGUUAAUAAAUUCAUAAUAUUACCGUCUCAGCUCUUAAGCCUCAGAACACAUGAGUGGACAAGACAAAGGCAUGAGCACCAUGCUCGUGUGCCAGGAGAGCUAUGCCUGCGGAGGUUCAGAUGAGGCCGCUUACGAAUGUGACGAGUGUGGUAGCCUGCAGUGUGUGCGCUGUGAGCUGGAACUCCAUAGGCAGGAACGUAUGAGGAACCACGAUCGAGUUAGGAUCUCGCCGGGUCAUGUGCCCUUCUGUGAUUCCUGUAAAGGAGAGAACGGAUCUCCCGUGAACGGCGGACGACUACGGGCAGUAGUCCGUUGUCAGGGCUGCAAAAUCAACUUGUGCCUGGAUUGUCAGAAGCGCACCCACAGCGGUAUGAAUAAACGGAAACAUCCGCUUACACCGUAUCCCUCUGCCAAACAACCAGAGAAGAACCCCGCAGCAGGUGGUGAUGGAGAACUGGAAGUGCUUAAAGCCAAACUAGAGAAAGUCUCCAGCUUCCUUCUGGUGGAUGACAAAGAAGAUAUGCAGGUGCAGGAUGAAGAUGACUUUGUGAGGAGGUUGGGCUGUGGGCCAGAGGAUCUCCUGAAAGUCGUGUCCAUCUUUGGCAACACCGGAGAGGGCAAGUCCCACACUCUCAAUCACACCUUCUUCCUGGGCCGGGAGGUCUUCAAGACAUCCCCCACCCAGGAGUCCUGCACGGUGGGGGUCUGGGUCGCCCUGGACCCAAUCCACAAGGUGGUUGUUGUGGACACGGAAGGCCUUCUGGGUGCCGGGGCCAAUCAAGGGCAGCGCACACGGCUGCUGCUGAAGGUUCUGGCCGUGUCAGACCUGGUCAUCUACCGCACGCAUGCCGACCGUCUCCACGACGACCUCUUCAAGUUCCUGGGCGACGCCUCAGACGCGUAUCUCAAGCACUUUACCAAGGAGCUGAAGGCCACCACGGCGCGUUGCGGACUGGACGUGCCGCUGUCCACGCUGGGCCCCGCAGUCAUCAUAUUCCACGAGACUGUCCACACCAAGCUCCUGGGCUCAGAUAAGCCGUCUGAGUCGGCCGAGAGGCUGCUGCAGGAACGUUUCCGGAAGCUGGGCCUGUUCCCCGAGGCGUUCAGCUCUGUCCAGUACCGCGGCACGCGCACCUACAACCCCCCCACCGACUUCAGCGGCCUGCUGCGCAGCCUAGAGCAGCAGCUGGACAACAACACUACCCGCUCGCCUCGCUCCGCCAGUGUCAUUUACAAGGCUUUACAGGCCCUGAGUGAACGCUUCAGUGGGGAGAUUCCCGAGGAGCACAUGGCGAGCAACUCCUUCUUCCCUGACGAGUACUUCACCUGCUCCAGUAUCUGUCUUAGUUGUGGGUCGGGCUGCAAGAACAGCAUGAACCACCUGAGGGAGGGCCUGCCGCACGAGGCCAAGCACCGCUGCCGCUACUCCCCUCACUGUGACAACCGCAUCUACACCUGCAAGGCAUGCUAUGAAAAGGGCAAGGAGGUAAUUGUUGUUCCCAAAACAACAGCAUCCUCUGACUCCCCCUGGUUUGGUCUGGCUAUUUACGCCUGGUCCGGGUACGUCAUCGAAUGCCCCAACUGCUCAGUCAUCUACCGGAGCAGGCAGUACUGGUACGGAAACCAAGACCCCGUGGACACAGUGGUCCGUACGGAGAUCCAGCACAUCUGGCCAGGGUCUGACGGCUUUCUCAAAGACAACAACAAUGCUGCCCAGCGACUCCUGGAUGGCGUGAGCUUCAUAUCCCAGUCGUUCUCCGAGCUCAGUGUCAAGCCCACCAAAGCAGUCACUUCCUGGCUCACCGACCAGAUUGCCCCGGCCUACUGGACACCCAACUCCCUCAUCACGAAAUGUCAUAAAUGUGGCGAGGCGUUCCAGGACAGCGACUCCAAGCACCAUUGCCGUGCCUGCGGAGAAGGCUUCUGUGACGCCUGCUCGUCCAAGGCCCGGCCCGUGCCAGAGAGAGGCUGGGGACUCGCUCCAGUGCGGGUCUGUGACGCCUGCUUCCAGAACCGUGGCAUCCCAGAAGAUAUUUCUUUGGUCGUUCAAGCAGAGCUACUGGACGCAGCUUUGGAGGAGGAGGAAGGGGGGACACUGAUCCCAAGGAAAGUGGGAGAGGUGGUGCAGAACACACUGGGAGCCGUGGUUACCGCCAUAGAUAUCCCUCUGGGCCUGGUGAAGGAUGCCGCCCGGCCUGCUUACUGGGUGCCCGACCAGGACAUACGGUGCUGCCACCAGUGCCAGCGGGAGUUCAGCGCCCGCCUCUCCAUCCACCACUGCCGGGCAUGCGGGCAGGGCGUGUGCGACGAGUGCUCCCUGGACCGCCGGCCUGUGCCCUCUCGUGGCUGGGACCACCCGGUGAGGGUCUGCAGCGGCUGCAGCCAGAAGGGAGGGGAGCUCUAACUGGACAGGAUAGAUGCCCCAGUGGGUGAAGGAGGGAGAGAGAAGAAGAAGAAGGAGGAGGAGGAAGAGGAGGAAAAGUGGAAGACUGCCUGUAGAGGGCUCCACUGAGGCCUCAGAACAACCUUGAGUCCUCCUCCUCUCCCCUUUAGAAGUGGAUCUGGCUUAGCUUGGCUAUGAUGGGUGGGGCCCGAUAAAGGCUUGUAGCAGCUUAUAUCAUGGGAUCCAACUAAGGAAAAGAAACUGCAUUGCCUCUAUAACCCCCCCUCCCCCCCCCCCCCCUCCCCUCCCCUCCCCUCCCCUCCCUACGCUUUAUACGCUCAAUCUUUUAAGGUUAUGGUGGCCUGCUCUCUCAGUCCUCUGGGAAAGCACAAGGAGACACAUUGCACACACUCUUUUUGAUCUGCAUCUAAAACUAACGCUGACACAAAGCUGAACAGAAACCCUCGUGACAAUCUCUUGCAGUUAACCGAUUUGAUGUGUCUACCAAUGAUGGCAACACACAUAUAAGCACAUUGACCCCAGGUUACGCUCAUACUUGCAUUGGCUAAAACUGAGGCAUUCCAUUCAUUGAGAAGUAGCUGUUGACUGAAAGUAAAAAAUGUGAUGACAGACAGUAGAUGACUGUGGAAUAUGGUUAUCUUCAUUUGCAUUGGAUUUACAUUGCCACCUCAGCUUUAGCCAAGUUUAACCCCUUCAAAGAGUUGUCAGUCGGGGUUAAAUAAUGAAAGUGUGAUUGUAGCCCAGGAAACUUUGAGGGCAGGUACACAAACCCAAUAAAAACAAUAAAAAUAUAUUGCAGAUCAUGGUAGAGUCCAAAUCCCCCAUCUUUGUCAUCCAUGACAUCACUUUGACCAUUUAUAAUUUGAAUUGAGGUCUAACUUGAUAUCCUCUUCAAUGUUUUGAUUUUAUUUGCAACCGCAACCUUAACCCCAACCCCAUCCCAUUUUCCCCUCAUCCUUAAAUGUAGCAUUGUUAGAUAUACUCCAUGAUAUGUAUCGGUAUGAUUAAUUGCCUGUUAUCCAGAUCAUUGAUAGGUCAUCGGCUGCCAGCCAUCAUUUUAUAAUGGAAAUGUAUUCUUAAUAGCCAUUUAUUAUUUUUUUUUUAGGUUUUUAAAUUUCUUAUUCUGUCAUUUACUUCGUUUUUUUCUAAAUUAAUUUCACCCCUCAAAAUGUCUGAAGGUGCAGAGAUCAUUCUGAUCGGAGUCAUUCAGAAACUGUUGCGCGUGAUGUUAACGUGCUGGCUAACGCCACAUCACCCAAUCAGACGAUAGAUUCUGGACUGAUUCAACCUCCCCUGCUCCCCCCCUCCAAGGAGUGUACAGUCUCGUGUAGCUACACCGGUCUCAUCAUGGUCAUAAUCAUCUUCAUAAUCAGUGUAAUAUCUUCUCAAUAAGCUCAGUGAGUUUAUGUUUGGCUGCAAAAUAAGCUUUCAGGUACACUAAAAGUAUACAGGUUUGGGUAAGGACAGCUAAGGACUGUAAUUUAUAGAGGAACUAAGGUGUUAAACCAUCCUAUUUUCUGCACCAGGUAUGCUGAUAUAAUUAAAACAUAAAACAUAUGAACAUCU